AUGACCAUCCCCCACACCCCAGGAAGCUCUAAGAUCACGGAUCAGCAGUCGUUGAAUGUCUUCAAAAACCUCAUACGAGUGUCCAUUUCAGAGAUCUGCUACAUUCGAAAUUUAUUUCCGGAGGAAGUGUUCAAAGACCGGGUAUAUGCUGAUAUGCGCAUCAAGUGCCUUGCUCCAAUCGACAACACGACAGACCAGUUCAUGCGAGAUGCCCAUUGUGUAACCGAGUGGCUUGAAGCAGGAGCAUUCGACGCGAUGGAAAAAAAGUACCUAUUGCAAAUGGAUUUUUGUAUUUAUGCACUGGGCAAGAACAAAUCGCCUGAAAACCUGCUGGAAUGGUAA